AUGGGUGAGUAGAAAAACCCUUUCUGAAAACCACCCUUACAGCGUGUGCAUGCUAAUGAGUGCAUUUAGCAGUGGAGGCGUUGACAAUAUUUGGAGCAGGGUGGGGAUGUACAGUACAGCAGGGAUCAACAAGGAUGUAGCUCAGGCUAGAUUCCAGGAGACAAGGUGUUUCGUUUCCUGUCUUGUGUUUAAAGGUCAUAGUAACAUAGGCUGACAUUACCGGCUCAGGUAAACCCGUUGGGAUAGAGAGAGGGUGCAGGGGGCUGUUGCCAUAGAAACCCCGGGAGACAGGGCGAGGAGGGGAGAGAGAGCCGGGAGGGCUGGAGAUGUCUAAAUGGAAGCACACUCCCACUGGGCACACACUGGUUGAAUCAACAUUGUUUCCACGUAAUUUCAAUGAAAUUACGUUGAACCAACGUGGAAUUAACAUUGAAUUGACGUCUCGGGGGGACAGAUUAACACUCUGCUGUAGGCAGCAUUUCCCCUGUCUAGACACACAUGCACACACAUAUACACACACACUGAGUGACAAAUGGAAACAGAGGAACGGGGGUCUCUAUGGUAAUUGACACUGUGCAUAUAACCCUGAUAGCCCCCCACUGCAGGUUCUAUUUCCACACUGCUUACCAGGGAUUAGCCAAGGUGAUUACUCUCUGUGCUGUGGCUCUCUCUGUGGCUCUGCUCAGAAAGUGUGUGUUGACGGAACAGCACAGAGGACAGCUGACUGUCACACCCACACAUUGACAAGGCUCUGUCUUUCUCUCUGCUCUCAAGUCAAGGGUUCUAGGCUAUUUUUUUGUUCACAUGGCUUUAUUUUCAGAUUGGUUAAAUGAAGUUGGAAAGUGAUUUACGGCCAAGAUUAUAGUAAUCAAUAACAGUCUUGGCUCCAAAGUAAUGUAUGAACAGCGCCGGAGAAGAUGGCUGCCGUUUUACAGCCCUCUAACCAAUUGUACUAUUAUGUGUGUUUUUCCGCGUUAUUUGUAAUUUAUUUUGUACAUAAUGUUUCUGCCAUCGUCUCUUAUAACCAAAAAGAGCUUCUGGAUAUCAGGACAGUGAUUACUCACCUCGUAUUGGACGAAGAUUUUUUCUUCAACGAGGCGUCCCCGAAGGAUAUCAUACAGACACCCGACAAGGCCCAAAUCCCCGUCAUUCGCGUGAAGAAGAGACGGAGAUAUCGUGGACGCAGAUCGGGGUGCCUUGUAAGGAUCCGACGGCGAGCGAGUAAACUGCCUCUUCCAUCAAUCCUAUUAGCCAACGUUCAAUCUUUUGAAAAUAAAGUGGACGAUUUAAGAUUACGGUUAUCCUACCAACGGGACAUUAAAAACUGUAAUAUAUUAUGUUUCACCGAGUCGUGGCUGAACGACGACAAUGAUAACAUUCAGCUAGCAGGCUAUACGCUACAUCGGCAGGACAGAACGGCUGACUCUGGUAAGACAAGGGGUGGCGGUCUGUGUAUAUUUGUAAACAACAGCUGGUGCACAAAACCAAAUACUAAGGAAGUCUCGAGGUUUUGCUCGCCUGAGGUAGAGUAUCUUAUGAUAAGCUGUAGACCACACUAUUUACCAAGAGAGUUUUCAUCUAUAUUUUUCAUAGCUGUCUAUUUACCACCACAAACCAAUGCUGGCAUUAAGAUUGCACUGAAUGAGUUGUACAAGGCCAUUAAUCAACAGGAAAACGCUCAUCCAGAUGCAGCGCUCCUAGUGGCCGGGGACUUUAAUGCAGGGAAACUUAAAUCCGUUCUACCUAAUUUCUACCAGCAUGUUAAAUGUGCAACCAGAGGGAAAAAAACUCUAGACCACCUUUACUCCACACACAGAGACGCAUACAAAGCUCUCCCUCGCCCUCCAUUUGGCAAAUCUGACCAUAACUCUAUCCUCCUGAUUCCUGCUUAUAAGCAAAAACUAAAGCAGGAAGCACCAGUGACUCGGUUAAUAAAAAAGUGGUCAGAUGACGCAGAUACUAAGCUACAGGACUGUUUUGCUAGCACAGACUGGAACAUGUUCCGGGAUUCUUCAGACAGCAUUGAGGAGUACACCACAUCAGUCACUGGCUUCAUCAAUAAGUGCAUCGAUGAUGUCGUCCCCACAGUGACCGUACAUACAUACCCCAACCAGAAGCCAUGGAUUACAGGAAACAUCCGCACUGAGCUAAAGGGUAGAGCUGCCGCUUUCAAGGAACGGGACUCUAACCUGGACGCUUGUAAGAAAUCCCGCUAUGACCUCCGACGAACCAUCAAACAGGCAAAGAGUCAAUACAGGUCUAAGAUUGAAUCGUACUACACUGGCUCUGACGCUCGUCGGAUGUGGCAGGGCUUGAAAACUAUUACAGACUACAAAGGGAAGCACAGCCGCGAGCUGCCCAGUGACACAAGCCUACCAGACGAGCUAAACCACUUCUAUGCUCGCUUCGAGGCAAGCAACACUGAAGCAUGCAUGAGAGCACCAGCUGUUCCGGAUGACUAUGUGAUCACGCUCUCCGUAGCCGAUGUGAGUAAGACUUUUAAGCAGGUCAACAUUCACAAGGCCGCAGGGCCAGACGGAUUACCAGGACGUGUACUCCGAGCAUGUGCUGACCAACUGGCAAGUGUCUUCACUGACAUUUUCAACAUGUCCCUGACUGAGUCUGUAAUACCAACAUGUUUCAAGCAGACCACCAUAGUCCCCGUGCACAAGGACUCUAAGAUAACCUGCCUAAAUGACUACCGACCCGUAGCACUGACGUCUGUAGCCAUGAAGUGCUUUGAAAGGCUGGUCAUGGCUCACAUCAACAGCAUUAUCCCAGAAACCCUAGACCCACUCCAAUUUGCAUACCGCCCCAACAGAUCCACAGAUGAUGCAAUCUCUAUUGCACUCCACACUGCCCUUUCCCACCUGGACAAGAGGAACACCUACGUGAGAAUGCUAUUCAUUGACUACAGCUCAGCAUUCAACACCAUAGUGCCCUCUAAGCUCAUCACUAAGCUAAGGAUCCUGGGACUAAACACCUCCCUCUGCAACUGGAUCCUGGACUUCCUGAUCCUGGACUUCCCCAGGUGGUAAGGGUAGGUAACAACACAUCUGCCACACUGAUCCUCAACACGGGGGCCCCUCAGGGGUGCGUGCUCAGUCCCCUCCUGUACUCUCUGUUCACCCAUGACUGCAUGGCCAGGCACGACUCCAACACCAUCAUUAAGUUUGCCGACGACACAACAGUGGUAGGCCUGAUCACCGACAACGAUGAGACAGCCUAUAGGGAGGAGGUCAGAGAUCUGGCCGUGUGGUGCCAGGACAACAACCUCUCCCUCAACGUGACCAAGACAAAGGAGAUGAUUGUGGACUACAGGAAAAAAAAGAGGACUGAGCAUGCCCCCAUUCUCAUCGACGGGGCUGUAGUGGAACAGGUUGAGAGCUUCAAGUUCCUUGGUGUCCACAUCACCAACGAACUAUCAUGGUCCAAACACACCAAGACAGUCGUGAAGAGGGCACGACAAAGCCUAUUCCCCCUCAGGAGACUAAAAAGAUUUGGCAUGGGUCCUCAGAUCCUCAAAAAAUUCUACAGCUGCACCAUCGAGAGCAUCCUGACUGGUUGCAUCACCGCCUGGUAUGGCAACUGCUUGGCCUCCGACCGCAAGGCACUACAGAGGGUAGUGCGUACGGCCCAGUACAUCACUGGGGCAAAGCUUCCUGCCAUCCAGGACCUCUAUACCAGGCGGUGUCAGAGGAAGGCCCUCAAAAUUGUCAAAGACUCCAGCCACCCUAGUCAUAGACUGUUCUCUCUGCUACCGCACGGCAAGCGGUACCGGAGUGCCAAGUCUAGGUCCAAAAGACUUCUCAACAGCUUCUACCCCCAAGCCAUAAGACUCCUGAACAGCUAAUCAUGGCUACCCGGACUAUUUGCACUGCCCCCCCACCCCAUCCUUUUUAUGCUGCUGCUACUCUGUUAAGUAUUUAUGCACAGUCACUUUAACUACAUGUACAUAUUACCUCAACUACCUCAACUAGCCGGUGCCCCCGCACAUUGACUCUGCAACGGUACCCCCCUGUAUAUAUAGCCUCCCUACUGUCACUUUAUUUUACUUCUGCUCUUUUUUUUCUCAACACUUUUUUUGUUGUUUUAUUUUUACUUUUUUUGUUUAAAAUAAAUGCACUGUUGGUUAAGGGCUGUAAGUAAGCAUUUCACUGUAAUGUCUGCACCUGUUGUAUUCGGCGCAUGUGACCAAUACAAUUUGAUUUGAUUUGAUUUGAUUUAAUUUGUCUAUAAGUAGACUGUAUGGGGAGACCAAUGGAGAGCCUGAAUGGCGAGACCGCCCCCAUACACACACGCCGAACGCACGCACACAGUGUCCCCUGUCACAACAACAUCCUCAUGCAGGAAAGUGUGUGACGUGACAAAACAUGCACCAAGCGGUCAGAUAUUUGCUAGCUGGAGGGGACAGAGGCAUGUUCGAGGAAUGAUGUAAACAUGCACCUCCCCCCCCUUCUCUCCCUUCUACUCCUAGCCUCUGGCAUGGGGGAUACCAUCGCCAGCCACCCCCUCCCUGUCUCCGAUGUAAAAUGGCAUGAUGCGACUUGAUCUCUCUGCCUGUGUAUUCAUAUAUUCAUGUCACUCUGGUCCUGUACAGUAUGUUUUGUUGAGGUGCAUUGCAGCAACAUUUAUUUGCAAUCACUGCAGUGUCUUUGGGGGAGUCACUUGUCCAGAAAUAUUCAGAAUUAACAUAAAAACAGCGUUACUGUAGCCUGUGUUGGUUUGCAUCUAUUGACAGUAGGCAGGAUGAUGAAUGAGGAAAUACAUUUAUACCAUUAUGGACGUGUAUGCGCAUUUGCAAGCCACUAUGAGAUUGGAAAGCCUGAAGGUUCAUGAGGGGUUUCAGUGUAGAUAUUUAUGUGUGGGUGUGUAUACAAGAUCAGAAUGUACAGUACCAGCAUGUAUUAUAUCUACAGGAAUAUUAUGUAGUAUAUGUAAGCAGUGUAGUUGUUCUGCAGAAGGAUAUGACUAAUAUAUGAUGUGUGCGUGCGCGUGCCCGUGCCCGUGUGUGUAUGUGUUGCAGACACUCUGACAGAGGCACUGAAUGCCAUCAGUGUGAGCACCGAGCUGGUAGAGCAGGAGCUGAAGCCUCAUCUGGACACCCUGCUGGCUGUGCUACUGGACAAGAGUGAGUCUGUACUCUACACACACACCAGUAGACACUGACCUCGGACUCAUCAAUCUCACUCCUGCCCUGUUCCCAGCAGUCAGCUUUUAUGACAUUGCUUUGGCCAUGGCAAGCAAGGCCAGAUCAUUUAGAAACGAUAUAUCGUCUCAGCUUCAAUUAUCUCAACAUAUUUAUCAUGUUGUUUAGGAAUCUAUCGUUCCCCCUUUUUUGAUUUUCUGGGCUGAGGCACAAGUUCUCUUUUUAAAAAAUCAUAUUUUGGAUGCCUGGCGUAGUCUUGGCCCAAAUCUUCAGCUAUAAAAAGACUGAGUGUUGCAGCAGUGUUCAGAACACCCCUGCUGUUUCUCAUCUGUAUUCAUUAAACAUCACAGUGCUGUGAAGAGGGGGAGGGGGGAUCGGAGAGAAAGAAUGAAAGGAAGGAAGUGUGAGAGUGACAGGUCAGGUUAUUCUCCAUCUCUCCCUCUUUCUGGUUCGGCAAAUAUCCAAUUUAUAUGAGGUUGCACUGUGCACGGGCAGCCACAUUUGGUUCUCCUCAAAAACGGGCAAGGGGACAUUAUUACCAUAGCAGCGUGGCCUAGUGCCUGACAACCUGACCUGCCUCCUCGGCAGUUGUGACAUUCUCUGAAAGGGGAAAUGCUAAUAUUAAGUUUUCCUCUGUGUCUAUUGCAUGUUGCUGCUUUAAUAAUCACAAUGAAUCUCCCUCCUAAGCUCAACAGAGGAGGAUUCAAUUUUAGUUUCUCUCUCUGGUCUCCUCCUGACAUCACAGAGGUGUUAGAGUCAUUGUUAAUUGUAGAGAGGAGAAGAGAGAGGAAAGCCAAAGACAACCGGUGCACUCAGUGAUCCUGAUCAAUCUCAUCAAAGAGAAGAGACUUGGCACAGGAAAUGGCAUUACAUCUAAUGCUGGGACACUUUCAUUAGCAAAAGUUGUGUCUGAGUUCAUUUCUGGUUAACAAUUAGCUGGUUUGUCUAUAGGUCAAUAAAGAUUAUUUAUGUUACUAUAAAGCCAAUUGUCAUUUUCUGUCUUCAGUUCAAUUCCAUUCUAUUGUAUCUCAAUGCUAAGGGGUAGUUGACAUAUAAGUGUGUGUAUGAUCUGUCCCCAGAGAAGGGAGCUGCUGUGGAGAUCGCCUCCAGUGGGAUCCUUCCCAUCCUAGCCCAGUCCCUCAGGGAGAAGAGUCCUCUCACCAACCAAGUGGCAUUGGUGGUGGCAGAAAUGGCCAGGGAAGGUGAGUUGAGAUGCCAGCCCGCGAAGAACGGAUGAUUACCAAUCUGAGUUUAAUGGAGAGAACCAAGCCCUUAAUCACUACUACUCUGACUCGCACUGUGUUUGAAAAUAAAAUAAGUUCAUUUUGCUAUGGAUGGCUGUAAUCAGACAAUUUCCAUUGAUGGACAGUUUUGACAGAACAGUGGUGUCUGUGCAACCUCACCUGCUCCUACUCAUUACCUAUCAACUAAUAUUCAUGACCUCUACUAAGUACCCACAGGGCACAGAUGUCAAUUCAACUGUUAUUCCACGUUGGUUCAACGUCAUUUAAUUGAACUGACGUGGAAACAACGUUGAUUCAACCAGUGUGUGCCCAGUGGGUACUUGAGGUUCAAAGUGCCCUUUCAAAAUAAGUUAUGCUAAUGUUCUCUUUUAAUUAACUUUAUGUAGAUGAUAUCUAUGCACAAUAUAUGUUACUGAUGUGCCCUAUACUUCCUUCACUAUCCUUUGUUCUUUAAUCUAUAUAUAUUUUUCUUAAAGCAGAACUUCUGCCACUGACUUAUAUGCAUUCUGUACCAACCCUAAACCAAAAAUGAGGGGGUGGUUUUGGUUAUCACUCAAUGACAGCAGCAGGAGUACUUUUCAUUUGCAUCUAGCAAGAUCCAGUCCUCUAUUUACAAACACAACAAUGCCAUAGGCUUACUGUGGGUAGAAACAGAGAUUAAGGAAAUGCUGUCCCUGUGUUCCAGCGGCGGUGAGGGACCCGUGCAUUGAUGCGGGCCUCGUGACGGUUCUGGUGCCCCUGCUGAACAGUGCAGACGAGGAGCUGCUGCUCCACACUGGCAGAGCCAUCGGACGCAUCUGCUUCGACAACAGUGAGUGAGACUGACUCCUGCAGGCCGGGACCUUCCCAGGGGGAAUCAGGCUUUACCUGCGGUGACAGGAUAAAUCUGAACCAGAAUCUGCCUACUAAAUGAAUAUGUCCUGGUGGAUUUGGUGUGUGUGCCUCCACGUCUCUAUGUCUAUUUAUCUCAGUCUCCAUUACUCUCUACCUCCUUCUCUCCCUUCCCCUUUCAUCUCUUUCCUCCUCCCUCUCUCAGCGGCCCAGCAGGAUCAGCUAGUGCAGUGUGGGGUGAUCCCCAGGCUGGUAGCCAUCAUGAGGGAGAACCUAGAGAACGACCCACUGGUCAACGUGUGUCUGCUGGCCCUCUGUAACCUGGCUGACAUGGGUGAGUCAAAUCAGAGGAACUUUAGUAUACUCUAGAGAGGGUCACAGAGGGGACCGACUGGGCACACACUGGUUGAAUCAACGUUGUUUCCACGUCAUUUCAAUGACAUUACAUUGAACCAACCCGGAAUAGACGUUGAACUGACGUCUGUAGCCAGUGGGGAGGAAAGCCUGUUUGUUUUUGGUUACAUUUCUGAACCAAAAUUGCGUGCUUGUCUCAUUUGUUUACUUGGAGCGGCAGGUAGCUUAGUGGGUAAGAGCGUUGUGCCAGUAACCGAAAGGUCGCUGGUUCUAAUCCCAGAGCCGACUAGGUGAAAAAUCUGUUGAUGUGCCCUUAAGCAAGGCACUUAACCCUAAUUGCUCCUGUAAGUCACUCUGGAUAAGAGCGUCUGCUAAAUGACUAAAAUGUAAAUAUACUGACUUGAACCAGUUAUUGUGUUUCUCACAUCUUAUCUGUGAAUGAAAAUUGUUUCUUAACUGACAGGCCUGGUUAGACAAAGGUGUCCAUUUAAAAAAGUGGUCUCUGACCCCUGCAGACACGACGCGGGAGGCGCUAGUAGAGGUGGGCGUGGCAGAGGUGCUGACGGCCCAGCUAAAACGGGCUACUGACGCAGAGAGAAGACACAUUAUACUGGAGGUGCUGGGAUCACUGGGAGAGAAUGGUGAGUCUGGGCAAGGGCCUGAAUGUGGUCAUUCAAAUGAUUAUCAUUUAUACAGAAACGGAUGAGAUGAAAUAGGCUGCAAGUGAGGCUUAAGCUUUUCACAUGGAGGGUUGAAUGAAUGUGUGCUCAGACUAACACACCCCUCCUGUGCUGCUGUUGUCAGACGUGCUGAAGCUGCAGUUUGUGGAGUCGGGGGUUCCUGAGGCUCUGUCUGAGAUGAUUCGAGGUCUACAGGGCGGCUCUGACCCCCAUGACCUCUGCAGCAUCAAGAUCGCCUCUAACCUUAUCGUUUCUCUCCUGCUGGGAGGUAAAGAACUCAACCUGACCUGGAGGCACCAGAAUCCCUCUAUGGUCCUCCCCUUGAACCUAACCCCAUAGUCCAUGCCUCACUCACACACACCCCUUCACUGUCUGUCAGCUCACAUCACUCAAUUUGAUUGAUGUUUGAUUCCGUAUGUAAUCGAGCUAAAAUACUCUCAAACUAAGAAUACUAUUUUACUCAUAAAAAUCAGGCCAUGUGAUGUGUUGAUGAUGAUAAUGAUGUUGAUGAUGAUGAUACAUGGUUUUCUUGUUUCUUUGUCUUUUGUCUGUUUCGAGUUCUUUGCUAAAUGAAAUAUUGAUCACAAAACAUGGAUAAUUGGUGGUUGACUAGUUUGAUGUGCUGACUGUCCCUGUGUGCUGUGUUUUGGUGCAUUAGAUGAGUCCAUGCAGAAGUGUUUCGGCGAGGGCACGGGGGUGGUGUACCAGGACGUGCUCUCCUGGCUGCAGUCCUCCAACACUCAGCUACAGCUCUCUGGAGCCCUGGCCAUCGCCAACUUUGCCAGGAACGGUGAGAUGACAAAAUGCCUUCAGAUUGACUUAUCUGCAUUGACUGCUUUGGUUUUGACAUGAGAAUGGAUUCUCAUCAGUCUCUGAUGUUCUAAAGCCCAAAUUAUAUUACCUUAUCACCUCUCUCCUCUCUCUCUCUCUCUCUCUCUCUCUCUCUCUCUCUCUCUCUCUCUCUCUCUCCCUCCCUCCCUCCCUCCCUCCCUCCCUCCCUCCCUCCCUCCCUCCCUCUCUCCCUCCCUCCCUCCCUCCCUCCCGCUCCCGCUCCCUCUCUCUCUCUGUCUCUCUCUGUCUCUUUCACCCUUCUCAGACAGUAACUGUGUGAAGAUGUUGGAGCUGGGGGUGGUUCCUCAUAUCCUGACCCUGCUGGAGCAGCAUGUGGACGAAGGCGACGUGUCCGUCCAGCAUGCCGGAUUGAGCGCACUCAGAAACCUGGCGAUCCCAGGUAUAUAGUAGGAUGGAUAACCACAAACACACAUGCACACGCACGCACUCACACACACACACACACACACACUGACCCCACUGAACCCACCACUGAAUGACAAACUGGCAGCGGAAAAUGUAUCACUAAUGUGAUUAUCUUGUGAGCUCUUCUUACACUGAGGACUCUCAGCUCUAAGACCACUGUGACCCCUCUUCUACCUGGUGUUUCAGCCAGUAAUAAGGUGAGGAUGCUGGAGGAUGGGGUGACAGAGAGAAUUAGGACCUUGCUGCGCUCUGACAUGCCCCCAGUGCAGUUCAAACUGCUGGGCACCCUGCGCAUGAUGGUGGAUGGACAAGGUGAGUGGGAAAGGUGUAUGGUGAAGGAAAAUAGGAUGUGUGCUUAAUGUAGAGGUCUGGGUUAUACUGUAUGUGACUAAACUAAAAUAUAGGCAAAAUGCAUGUAUCUAGUGCAGAGGUAAUUGAAUGUGUGUGGGACUCAUCUAAUGCACCAAACAUAGCACACAGGGACAGUCAGCACAUCAAACUAGUCAACCACCAAUCAUCCAUGUUUUGUGAUCAAUAUUUCAUUUAGCAAAGAACUCGAAACAGAUAAAAGACAAAGAAACAAGAAAACCAUGUAUCAUCAUCAUCAACAUCAUUAUCAUCAUCAACACAUCACAUGGCCUGAUUUUUAUGAGUAAAAUAGUCCAUAAGACUCCUGAACAGCUAAUCAUGGCUACCCGGACUAUUUGCACUGCCCCCCCACCCCAUCUUUUUACGCUGCUGCUACUCUGUUAAUUAUUUAUUUAUAGUCACUUUAACUCUACCCACAUGUACAUAUUACUUCAACUACCUCAACUAGCCGGUGCCCCCGCACAUUGACUCUGCACCGGUACCCCCCUGUAUAUAUAGCCUCCCUACUGUUAUUUUAUUUUACUUCUGCUCUUUUUUUCUCAACACUUUUUUGUUGUUUUAUUCUACUAUUUUAUUAAAAAUAAAUGCACUGUUGGUUAAGGGCUGUAAGUAAGCAUUUCACUGUAAUGUCUGCACCUGUUGUAUUCGGCGCAUGUGGCCAAUAACAUUUAAGGGAAUCACCACUCUGAGUCUGCUUUCUCACUUCACCUCUCUCCUUUCUCUGUGGUUCUCUUUCUACAUUCUUCAAUCUCCGUUCCCUUAACUCCUCUCCCCGCAACUCUCUCUAAUCCUUUCAUUGUUUCUUUCCCUCCCUUUCUCUCUGUCUCUCUGUCUCUCUCUCUCUAUCGUUCCCUCCCUUUCUCUCUGUCUCUGUCUCUCUCUCUUUCUCUCUCUCUCUCUCUCUCUCUCUCUCUCUCUCUCUUCUCUCUCUCUCUCUCUCUCUCUCUCUCUCUCUCUCUCUCUCUCUUUCUAUCCCUUUCUAACCAACAUAUUUCUCUCAUCUCUACUCUCUCCCCUCACUCAAUCUCUCACACCCCCUCUCUAUCUCUGACUCUCUCCUCCUCCACUCGCUCCUCUCCUCCUCUCUCAGAGGAGGCAGCUGCAGUGCUGGGUAAAGAUGAGGUUUUGUUGGCGAGGAUCAUGGAGUGGUGUGAGGCACGGGACCAUUCAGGGGUCAGGGGAGAGGCAAACCGCCUCCUGGCCGCCCUUAUUAGACACUCCCGUGCCCCAGUGAGUCACUCACACACACGCAUGCACGCAUGCACGCACACACACACACACACACACACACACACACACCAUACAAACAUACAGUAUGUAAUCUUCAUCUCUUCUAGAGGCUGAUUCUCUCCCUUCCGACUCUGACAGGAAGUAAUCAACGCUGUAACCAAAGCAGAUGGGGUGCGACACCUCAUCUCCAUGGCAACCAGUGAACACUUGAUCAUGCAGAAUGAAGCACUGGUGGCCAUGGCGAUUGCAUCUGCCAUUGACAUCGGUGAGGGAUUCUACUAUCCUAUGAGAGCAAUCAGAUGGAAAGAUCAACACAUCUAAAGCUAUCCUUUGGACUAACAGAACGUAGCUAGAUACAGGUUUACUGACAGUAACCAAAACUAAUAUAUUUGUAAUAAUAUCAAUAUAUAUUUUACAAUGGUGAAUUACUGUAAGCUCUUUUUAGGUUAUACUAAUUCCCCUGCAUACCAAUGUACAAUACCAUGAUGUACUUCCUGUAAAUGAGAGACUAACACACUCUCCUUGCAUGUGUGCGUGUAACAUGUCCUGCUGUUUUCCAGACUCCAUGCAGGAAUCAUUCCGGGAGGCAGAGCUCUUGCCCACACUGCAGAAGAUGCUGGAUGACCCAGUAGGGGCGGUGGAGUUCAAGUUCAGCGCCCUAGGGCUUAUCUGUAGCCUGGCCAACUCCAGUAGGUACCCCACCCACGCACGCACGUGCAAACACACACACGCACACACUCAUGUUCUCUCGCUCCUUCUUUCUCUCUCUCACUCUCUCUCUUUAUCUCUGUCUCUAUACUUCUCUCUCUUAGGCUCGAUGAAGGAAGAAAUGGAAUCUCUUAACCUGAAGGAGACACUCAACAAGCUCUCUGGUCACUCCAGCACCAAGCUAGCCACACAGGCCGACACAGUGCUGGCCAUGCUUUCUGAAACCAGCUAGACUGACCUGACCGGACCACUGCCCUGGUCAAUGUGACCACAGACUCUCAGUACCACGUGCCACCGCAACCUCCCCUACUCUCGUAACUACACCAUCCUCUCCAUCAACCGCACUUCACCAGAUAACAACCCAUCCCUCGUUCUGACAGAUGAGAAGGGGUGGAGGGUUUGAAAAGAAGCAGAUAUUGAGUCUUCCAAAGCUGGGCCUCCAUUCGCCUGGCCUAUGGAGAGCACAGUUGGACAUAGCUAUGUUAGGACUGACCAACCCAAUCUGACAAAGAGCUAACAAGGUGAUAGCAUAUGUUCUAAGCACAAGCUGAAUGAGCCAACCCAUGAAAACGCACACGAAUCACAACAUCCCCGUGUUUAUGUGUGAAAUAGCUACUCUAAUCAGUACACCAAUCAAUUCAAUGUAUGUAUGAUUUCCUAUAACGACCAGUGUAUAUUAUCAAAGGAAAUGUUUGCGAAUGUAUGUGCUAUAGUGUUAAUCAUGGCUACUGUUUCAUAGCAUCUAAUGUGCUUACCCUCAAUGGAAAACAUAAAACUAAAGUCUGACACUGUUUCUUAAUGUGAUGUUCUAUCUAUGCUCUAUAUUGACCAAUGUACAUGGAUGUAAAUGUUCCUAGACUAUGACCAUACCUGUCUCUUUUCUGUGGAUCUUGCAUAGUGAGAUCCCCUUGGUAAUAUCUACAGUGUAUAGCUCAAGAAAAGCAUUCAGAGCCAAUAUCUCAAUUGCGAUAUUAUACCAAAGUACAUUCUAAUUCUAAGUUAUGUUAGAGCACAGGUGGGUGGGCACUGGGGGUAAUCAUUACAGAGUUGUGAGAGUGUCAGGCAGCUCUCCCACUGGGUGCCAGCUCUAACAUUCUGACUAAAAGGGAUCAAUAUGUUAUGCGGAUGCUGGGGCAGCAAAGGGCUUGUGGUGAAGGGACCUUUAAUGUUGCUCUCAGAUCCCUGCUGAUUCAACUCCUUUUAACACCAAUUUCUUAAGGUGUCUAAAGCCCAAUGGUGACUGGCUGGCUAUUUUAAAAGGAUUAAUAUAGAAAAUAGCAACUGAAAACAGUACUCUGUCUGUCUUUCCUUUUUAGUACCCAAUGGGAGCUGAGUUGUUGUUGUUGAAUUGAAGCAUUUCAUUCCAAAACGCUAUAUAUACAUUUGUAAAUAUGUUGGUAAUUAUGAAAUUAUGAAAGAGAUUGGUAUGUUUUCUCACUAUCUAAUCAUGGCAUAUGGUUGUUCAAUGACAGAGAUGUAUUUGUUUAAAAUCUAUAACUUUUUCAUUUCAGAGAGACACAUAAUCAUGUUUUUUUUCAAAAUGCUAACAAAUAUGUAACAAAUAACGACAUUUUUAAUAAAGAAAUGUACAAAUAAUACUUUUGUGACAAAAAUAUUAUUUUAUUUUUUAAAUAAAUAAUUCAAUACAAUAAUAUGUAUGUAAAACAUUUACAUUUGACAUUUUUGUCAUUUAGCAAAUGCUCUUAUCCAAAGCGACUUACACCAACUGCAUUCAUCUUAAGAUAGCUCGGUGAGACAACCACAUAUGACUGUCAAAUAUACAGGAUACGAACAUUCCAUUCCAGCUAAUGGAUAUACUGUAAGGCGUUUAGCAAAAAACACAUUUUCUUAUACAUCUAAAAUCUAUGAAUUAUAUACAAAUCUGAGAAUAGUAAUAUUUUACACACACAUGAAGGUACCCAUAAGCAAUCAUUUCUGAUGAAAAAACACGAAUGUGAAAAAUUUGUGGAUAUAGCGUUUUGGAAAUAAACUCUUCAAUUGAUCUUUGAAAUAACAACGUUGGUGUUUUAAUAAAAAGGAUGGCUUACAGAAAAAACUGGCAAUGGCCUGACUCUUUUCUGUUCAUUGGAGUAUGUAUGACUGAAUGUGGGUGUGUUUCAGUUCUCAAAAAUACUUCCUGUCCUAGUCUCCUUUUCUUCAUAUGCAUAUCUGAAAACAUAGGACAGGUUAAGCAAUUUGGAGGAAGGCUACUGGUCAUUUUCUUUCUCCAGUCCAAUACUUUCAGUUCAGUAUGGGUCUGCCGUCUGCUUGUCAUUUUUCCAAACAAAAUGGCUGCCCUUCUCGUUCUGCUAGCGUACUCGGAACACUGAUAAACCCAUUGUCUCACACUCCCUAAGGCUCUUUCCCUCCCUAAACCUAUUUUGCCUCAUCCAUAUUCAGAUAAACUAAAGCCUCAGUGGUUACAGGAGUGGUAAUGUUUUAGUCAGGUGGUUAAGGCCCUUACUGUGCUUUACAUCCAUACCUACUGUGUGAAAAGCCCUUGUAUGUCCAGGCUGUAGAAGUGCAGGGAAACAAUGUGCCACAUUAGAGAGAAGACAACCACUCUAACCACUAGAUGGCAACAUUGUUUUUACAGUACAGUCAAUGCUUAUUCAGAGCUCUUUAUUGAAAUGAGGCUCAGUAUGUACACAAUUACAGUACUCAGUGUGUGUGUGUGUGUUUGUUUGUGUGUGUGUGUCUGUAUGUGUCAGUUUACUGUGUGUGAGUACAAGCUUGCGCGUAUAUCAUUGGGUAGCGGCUGAUUUGCAGAGAUUGCACUGUAAAAUGGUUGAUCUCUGCACACUGCAGGAGAGUGGGAUUCUGGGCCAAGAGCCCAGACGUGUGUGUGUGUGUGUCUGUACGUGCGUGCCUGUGUCCGCACAUUCAACUGCCUGCUAUUUCCUGAGCAAUCUGUUUCGACAGAUAAACAUCAGUUGAACCAGAGAAAACCACAGCAAAACAUGGGACUGCUAUCAACCAAACCACCCCUUUAACAACUGGUGUUGGGAAAAUAUUAUGUGUGUGUGUGAGUGUGUGUGUGAGUGUGUGUGUGUGUGUGUGUGUGUGUGUGUGUGUGUGUGUGUGAGUGUGUGUGUGUGUGUGUGUGUGCACGGGCGUGUGUGUGACUCACACCAGGCAGAGCACAGCUGAGUUCCGAGUGUGUCAUUAACACUUUUGCACCCUGAACCAAUCAGAUAACCACCUCAAUAAUCACUAUGGUUGUGUACCAGAGUGUCUUUCUUGCAGUCGCACUGCAGUAUUUACGGUGUGGGAUAAACAUGUAGGACCACAUAGCCUACUAGUAAGAGAUGUCUAUAAUUGUCACCCAUGAUAGAUACAGUAUGUAUACCACAGUAUACCAAGUUAUCUAUGGAAGUGUAUGAAUCGCAUAUUUGAAUGUCAUUCAUUUUGUAUGAGAAUACAGAUCUCAGAUAGCACCUCAGGCUCUAAUAAAUAAAUACAAAUGAUAUGGCUCCUACAUCUUCUAUGUCCUCUAGUAGAGCUUUCCCCAGAAACUCUGAGCACUAG